AUGCGGGCGUGGGUCGGUAGGCGUGCGAGGGAGGUUAAGCGCCGGGGUGAGGCCGCUCACUCGAGGGUGCCGCACGCUGAGGGCGUGCUACUCGUCGCUACGAGAUGGGGGUGUUGCGCGCUAGGCAAAGGCCGCACUAGGGGUGUUACGCGCCGGAGACUACCGCUAGGAGGGGCGAGGUUGGCGUUAGGCGGAGGGCAAGGUUGGCGCCGGAUAGAGGGAGUGCUUGUUGUGUGGGGCAAGGCAAAAGGGAAAAGCUGGUGUGUGGAGGGUUUGUUUAGGAGUUGUAGGAGCUUGCUUGCGGAGGAUUUGUCCCUCCGGUUGCGGGAGGUUUGUGGGAGCUUGGUUGGGAACUCGUAG